CGUGUCUCCUUUAGCAGAUGAGUUUGCUGGAAGAGGCUCUUUGCAGAGAGCGGGAGAAGAGGGUUCUAUCUAUUCAAAGUCAUGUUGUGCAUGGUUAUGCGGGUAAUAAGGCGUCAGUAUUUCCUCUACAGUUACACGGUUUCGAAGUUGAUCCCGUGAACAGCGUGCAGUUCAGUAACCAUAAGGGUAAUAUCGAGUUCUUGAAUCUGCCUAAAAGGUACGAGCAUGUCAAGGGGCAGAAACUUACUGAGGUAGAACUAACGGAACUUUUUGAGGGACUGAAGCUUAAUGAUCUCGAUGAGUACACUCAUAUCCUUACAGAUCCUUCAUUUCUGAGGAAAAUAGCCGAUAUUGUGGAAGAGCUGAAAAGAAAGGAUCCGAAUACUCUUUUUGUUUGCGACCCAGUGUUGGGAGAUAAUGGAAGAUAUUACGUGCCAACGAGUUUACUUCCCGUAUACAGAGAUGUAGUUGUGCCUUUAGCCAACGUGCUGACACCGAAUGCCUUCGAGCUAGGUGAAUUAGUUGGUUUUGUCAUAUCAAAUGAAGACGAUUGUAUACGUGGUAUGGAUGUUAUACAUGACAUGGGCGUUGAGACCGUCGUAGUCACUAGCGGUGUAGAGGAGAGUCAGACACCUGAAACCCUGUGCUGCUAUGCUAGCCAUAAAAAUGUUGACGGCUCCACGCGGCGAUACCGGUUCCGAUUCCCGCGCAUCUUAGGACAGUUUGUUGGUACAGGGGACGUUUUUGACUCUCUAUUGAUAGCUUGGUUGGACAAUACUAAUAAUGAUGUUCGUGACGCAGUCGGUCACGUUUUGGGAUCGAUGCAAGGACUUUUGAAGAAAACUAGUCAGUAUGCACAAGCACAAGUCGACAAAAACUCAAGGAAGACUUGCGAACUUCGGCUAGUCGAGUCACGAUUCGAACUACUAGUGCCAGAAAAGGUGUUCGAGGGAGAAGUGUUAUAAUACUAAAGAUAGUCACUCACAUAGAUUUUGAUUAGGUUUUUAUAGUGUCUUAGUUUACAAAUUGCCCAUUCCUUGUUUUAUAGCGCCAUGUGCGAAUCAUGCCAAAUCUCAUACGACAAACUCUUGGACAAUGCCUAUACUGGCUAUACACUUGAUAAUAAAUUAUUCAUUCUGGAAAAUAAA